AGGAGUUGUUAGCCCCUUGGUGAUAUGCUAAUCUUAUCAGACAUGCGAAAUACGCAACAAUUCUAAUCCGCGCAGCGAGUCUUCCUGCUUUUUUUUAUUCUCGAAAUAAUUUAGCCUCUUUGGGAGGAAAAUCAACUCCCUGUGUUACCGGAAAUUGCAUUUAGAAGAAGCUGUGGGUGUGACAAGGCAAGGAUCUGUGAUAAUCUUCAUUGGAAGUGUGUGAUUGAUUGCGUUGCAAAAAGCAGGAGAAAAGUUUGGUUACAAAUUACGUAAUAAAUCUUUGCAAAUCUCGUAAAAGCAGAGAAGAUGCUGCAUCUGGGGCAAUCACUGAGGAGGUGGUUCACAACAGCCACCCAGAAGGUCAUCAGUCAACCCAUCAAUAAGAUCCUCAUUGCCAAUCGCGGAGAAAUUGCAUGUCGUGUGGUGAGGACAGCUCGUAGGCUUGGUGUUCAGACUGUAGCUGUUUACUCUGAUGCAGAUGCAAACAGCUUGCACGUUCAGGUGGCCGAUGAGGCGUACCACAUUGGGCCACCACCUUCGCAGCAAUCCUACCUGCGUGCUGAUAAGAUAAUCCAAGUGGCUAAAUCUGCCAAAUGUCAGGCAAUCCAUCCGGGCUAUGGGUUCCUGUCUGAGAGUGUGGAAUUCUCAGAUAUGUGCCAGCGCGAGGGGAUCAUCUUCAUGGGUCCACCGGCAUCUGCAAUCCGUGAUAUGGGUAUAAAGAGUACGUCCAAGGCAAUUAUGGCAGCUGCCGGUGUGCCCAUCAUUAAUGGGUACCACGGUGAGGAUCAAUCUGAUGAGAAAUUAAUUGCCGAAGCCCAGAAGAUUGGCUUCCCGCUGAUGAUUAAGGCUGUUCGUGGUGGUGGUGGCAAAGGGAUGCGAAUAGCCGAGAAGGAAGAAGAUUUCCUCACACAGCUCAAUUCUGCCCGUACGGAAUCGGAGAAAGCCUUCGGUGAUAGCUCAAUGCUGCUCGAGCGCUACGUCCGCUCUCCGCGGCAUGUUGAAGUGCAAAUCUUUGCUGAUCAGUACGGUGAUGCGGUGUACCUGUUUGAGCGUGAUUGCAGUGUACAGCGAAGGCAUCAGAAGAUCAUUGAAGAGGCCCCAGCUCCGGGACUUUCGGAGCAAUUGCGUCGAGAAUUGGGUGAAGCAGCUGUACGGGCAGCCAAAGCCGUGGGCUACGUCGGGGCGGGAACGGUGGAAUUCAUUUUGGACAAGGAGGAUCUCUCUUUUCAUUUCAUGGAGAUGAAUACACGUCUCCAGGUGGAGCAUCCAAUCACGGAAAUGAUCACAGGGACGGAUUUGGUGGAGUGGCAAAUCCGUAUUGCAUCUGGGGAACGACUUCCUGUUACGCAGGAGCAAAUUAUACGCCGUGGGCAUGCUUUUGAAGCUCGAAUAUACGCUGAGAAUCCCCGUGGAGGAUUCCUCCCUGGUGCAGGACCACUGGAACAUCUGUCCACGCCAUCACCGAAUGAGUGUGUUCGUGUGGAGACUGGAGUACGUCAGGGGGAUGAAGUUUCCGUGCACUAUGACCCAAUGAUUGCAAAACUAGUUGUCUGGGGUGAGAAUCGUACCCAAGCUUUGGAUAGCUUAAUUGCCAGGCUGAGAGAUUAUCACAUCACUGGCUUGGACACAAAUGUAAACUUCCUCCUGGAUCUGGCCAAUCAUCCCUACUUCCGUGCUGCUGAUGUACACACAGGCUUCAUUCCGCAGCACUUUGAUACCCUCUUCCCACCGGUUGUUGUGUCUGAAUCCCGUCUAAUUCAGGCAGCUGUUGCUGUUGUUGUCAAUGAGCUCAAUGCAGCCCUGGCCAAUGGAGUAGCUUCCCGCGGGGCAUUCAAUCAAUUCAAUGAUGCCAACAAUUUCCGCCUCAAUCACGUAGCCAUCAGGGAGCUCAAGUUCAAAGCCAAUGACAAGGUCAACACGGUUCAGGUCACAAGCUCCGAUGGGCAGCUCAAGGUACGCGUAAAUGAGGGUGAAUGGCGGAAUGUUCAGUGGAAGAAUCUUCAAGACGCCGAGAGAUUCAGCCUUCGGUGUACAAUUGAUGGAGUCUUCGGGAACUUUAGUGCCGUCAUCUCACCCGAGGAAGUGUCAAUUUUCACGGAUUCCGGGAAAACGGAUAUUCAGCUGAUCCCACCGAAAUUCCUCAGCAUUGCUGGCGAUGGAGGAGCAGCCGGUGGGCAGACGGUUACAUCCCCAAUGCCCGGUGUUCUGGACAAGGUAUUUGUGAAGCCAGGCGAUCGAGUUAAAUCCGGCGACCCCCUGGCUGUGAUAAUUGCCAUGAAGAUGGAACAUAUGCUGAAGGCGCCAAAGGAUGCCGUUGUGAAGAGUGUUGGUGGGCAGCCGGGACAGAAUAUGGCAAAAGGAGCUGUUAUUGUUGCCUUUGAGAGUGAGGAGACAAAAGAGGAGGAGUAGCUGGAUACCAUUGUGAAGGAUAAAUAAUUUUUUUUGCAUAAUUUACAAACCAGAAAUGCAUUUACUUUGUAACAAGUACCUACAAAAAUUAUGCUGUACAUUGACCAAAAAAUAAAGUAAAACUGACAAAUAUUUUACAAAAAAGAAUAAAUUAUAAAGAUUUCUUGUGAA